CUGACGUCCAAAGUCACGUUGCUGGCGGUGCGGAAGCUCAAGUGUGCAGUGUCAAUGGUGUCAAUGUAGCAGUUGCUGGCGGAAUUGCGAUGUGGAAGAUUUUAAGCCGUGCAUGCUAUGCAUUUUGUUUCGCAGUUUCCCAAAGCUAUUUACAGUGAUCGCUUUCAAGAUGAACAGUGUGUCACGAACAGUUAAUUAUCGGUGUCCUGGCUAAAUUAAUGAUGAGUGAAGGAAAAGCAAAGCAUACCGUACAUUGGUUUAGAAAGGGGCUUCGUUUACAUGACAAUCCAAGUUUACGUGAAGGAUUAAAAUGCGCUACAACAUUCCGUUGCGUAUUCAUUCUGGAUCCGUGGUUUGCUGGAUCCUCAAAUGUAGGAAUUAACAAAUGGAGAUUUCUACUACAGUGUCUGGAAGAUCUGGACCAGAGUUUACGCAGACUCAACUCUCGUUUAUUUGUAAUUCGUGGACAACCUGCAGAUGCGCUUCCAAAAUUAUUCAAGGAAUGGGACACUACAGACCUGACAUUCGAAGAGGAUCCGGAGCCUUUUGGACGGGUCCGCGACCAGAAUAUAAUGGCUAUGUGCAAAGAACUUGGCAUUACUGUCAUGUCAAGAGUUUCUCACACCUUGUACAAACUUCAAAAUAUCAUCGAGAAGAAUGGCGGUAAAGCCCCACUGACAUAUCAUCAAUUCCAGAAAGUAGUGGCAUCCAUGGGAUCCCCACCACAAGCAGAACCAACAAUCAACCAGAAGUUUAUUGAUAGCGCUUACACUCCUAUUGCAGAAGAUCACGAUGACAAGUACGGUGUUCCAACGCUGGAAGAACUAGGUUUCGAUACAGACGGUCUGCUUCCACCAGUAUGGCAAGGCGGAGAAUCGGAGGCACUGGCAAGGCUGGAAAGGCAUCUCGAGAGAAAGGCUUGGGUCGCGUCAUUUGGUCGCCCCAAAAUGACACCCCAGUCGUUACUUGCUAGCCAAACAGGGCUGAGUCCAUACCUAAGGUUUGGUUGCCUUUCUACAAGACUGUUCUACUAUCAGCUGACUGACCUGUAUAAAAAGAUCAAGAAGGCAUGCCCUCCUCUCUCCCUCCAUGGUCAGCUUCUGUGGCGUGAGUUCUUCUAUUGUGCGGCAACAAAGAACUCAAACUUUGACAGAAUGAAUGGAAAUCCUAUUUGCCUUGCAAAGUGGGCAAAUGGUCAGACUGGAUUUCCGUGGAUUGACGCCAUAAUGACGCAACUUCGAGAAGAAGGGUGGAUCCAUCACUUGGCACGGCAUGCCGUUGCAUGUUUUCUUACACGUGGAGACCUCUGGAUCUCUUGGGAAGAAGGCAUGAAGGUUUUUGAAGAGCUUCUGCUAGAUGCUGAUUGGUCGGUUAACGCUGGCAUGUGGAUGUGGCUGUCAUGUUCAUCCUUUUUCCAGCAGUUCUUUCACUGCUAUUGUCCAGUACGCUUUGGACGCAAGGCUGACCCUAAUGGAGAUUACAUUCGAAAGUAUCUGCCAGUCCUGAAAAACUUUCCGACACGUUAUAUCCAUGAACCAUGGAACGCACCUGAAGCUGUCCAGAAGGCAGCAAAAUGUAUCAUUGGGAAGGAAUAUUCCCUUCCUAUGGUGAACCACGCGGUUGCCAGUAGAACCAACAUUGAACGUAUGAAGCAGGUUUAUCAGCAACUCAGCAAAUACAGAGGGCCUGGUCUGUUAGCGACUGUCCCUACAAGCCAGUCGCAGUCAUGCAACACUUUGAACCAUCUGUCAGUACAAAAAAGUCUCAAGACAUCUCCACCAUCAGAAACUAAAUGGGAGACAUCACCCAGUGAUGAGAUUAUUGGUCAUUCUCAAGUAAUCUGUGAUGAAGAGUUGAAGAAUGGCAUACAAAUCCAUCGCUACAAAUCACACAGAAGGGAUGAGUCCGAGUGACAGCUUACGUUUAGAGACAGCUGAGUCUCCACUGCCGCCUGCAAAACCUGGGGCAAAUGUCUGGUAUCAGUUUGCAUUUUUCUGCAGACAGAAACAAUGUUAGAAGGAGAAGAAGAAGAUGAAUUCUAUAUUGUAUUGUAUUGUAGAUGUGCAAUUUUUCUUUACACUAUGAUGUUGGAAGCGGUCUGUCUCAACUGCAACCGAGACAAAUCAAAAGAUGGUCAUUUUUUUACUCACGUGAGCAUAAAAUAAAAGUUGUUUGCCGUA